GAAGCAGAGGGCCGUGCGCGACGCGCGAUUCCGGUGCAUUGUCCAGUUGUCCACGCUAGUUAUGAUCUGCGCGAACACGCCUGCUUCGCUCUCCAGCCUGGUGAUGUCGUCCGGUCAGGUGCUGCUGCUGGUCCUGCUGCUGCCCCUGGCCUCCGGACAGCUGCUCGAGAUAUUCGGACUCUCCACCGGCGAUGCAGGAACCGUGGAGCGACAGUCGGCUUUCCAUGACUUAGCCACACAAUCCGUUGGACUUAUCAACUACCUCCAGCGAGUCCAGCGCAAUCCCAACAAUCAAUUGGCGAAAAAGUUGCGUGAUCCUCUACCUUCUAUGAACUUCAUGGAAGGAAUACCUGUGCUACCCGGAGUGAUGGGCAAUCUCCCCGGAGCUGGAUCUUGUCUCCCUCGUGGAUCACCUCUUGUUCGAGACAAAUCCCCCAGCCUCUUCCAGAACAUGCUUCGUAAUAUUCCUGGCGCUCACGAUUACCUAUCAAGUUUGUUGCCUUCACCCAAAGUUGAUAUUGACGCACUUAUGGGGAAGUAUCAGUGGGCGAUUGACACGCCGUCUGCUCAUAAUCGUUUCUGUCCUACGACUGAAUUCCAGCGAACCGCUCAAGCUGGAAAUUCGUCAUCUUUCAGUCUUCAAGAAAAAUUCCGAACAAACAGCGAGGAGGGCGGAGAAAAGGUAGCGUUCGGUUAUGGAAUUAUCACAGGAGAUCGCACUUAUGUUUACAUGCAAGAUGAUCCUUGUCCAUAUCAAAUUGUUCUGGUAGGCCCACGCAAAGGAGGAAAAGGACAAUAUGAAUACAUUAUUCUUUCAAAUUGGGCCCGGUAUCCUCUUAUCGGACUGGUACGAGACACUCAAGUUUUCCACAACAGAUACAGACAACAGUUGGAAGCUGAAUUAGAGAAAGAAGGAUUCAUCAAUGAUUAUUCAGGGAAAUCCACUAUGCGCUACACAGACUGGUCCAAAUGUAGACCAGCUACGCCUGUCAGCUAUAUCCAGAAUGUUCUAGCUGAGCUAUUUGGAGGAUAAAAUACAACUACAUAAAUGAUAUCAAUCAACCAAAGAAUUAUCCAUAUACCUAGAUACCUUGGUUAACAUUGUAUCUAUAUUUGUGCAAUAUGUUACAAGAAGGUCUUGCCCGAGAGUCAUACUUCUUCGAC